UUCCGGUGUAGAUAUUCCAGAAAUAUUUCUGCUCUCCAGCCGUACUGCUGCGACGACGACGACGACCUGGCCGGAGCUGCUGCAGGGACGACUGAAGCUGGAGAAGCUGGAGCUGAGUGCAGAUUGUGGUCGCGAGUGGUGUCCAAAGUUUCCAAAUCCAAAGCCAAUUGAACGGUCUUUUUUUAUUAUUAUUAAAAGCCCACGGCUGCUGACGGUGAGAGCUUCUCGAGAGCUAUGAGCCAUGGUGGUGUCCCGUUAAUUGUGGAACCUUCUUAAAUCGGCAAACCGAAAAGCAAGCGGCAGGAUGUUAAUACGCUGGAAGAGCAAAGACAAGAGCGCCUCCUCCAACCAGGGCGCCUGUAGCAGCAGCUCCUCUUCAAAGAAAAAGCGGAAGGGACGCGAUGGCGAAGAAGAUUGGCAAAAUGAAAACAAAUCGGGAAGAAUGCCGGCAAAUGAGCAGGGUGGUGGUGGUGGCGGUGGAGGCGGUGAUGAACGACGCCGGGCCAUGCGACGCGACGAUCCGCGAAGGCACACGCUUGGCGGCGACAUGUUGGUCUACGGCGGUGGCUCCCAGCACCAGCAUCCGCAUGCCCACCAAAUGGCGCCCCAGCAACAGCGGGCCAUGGACCUGGAGAUGAGCACGCGGGCGCAGAGGAACAAGAAAAACCAACCCAUGCGCGGUUAUGCACCCGUCAAUCAGGGACCCCUGUUCGAUGACGAUCCCGGGAUCAUGUCCGAGGUGGAAACGGCCAGCACUGGUUUCCGUAGGGGCGGCAAGCAGCGCUCCUCGCUCCCCGUGGUCCGUACACCCUCCAAGACGCUGGAGCGUCCGCUGGGUCUGGUUUUCCUCCAGUACCGCUCGGAGACGAAGCGCGCUUUGCUGCCCAACGAGAUCACCUCGAUUGAUACGGUGCGCGCCCUAUUUGUGCGCUCAUUUCCACGCCAGCUGACCAUGUCCUAUCUGGAGGGGCCGAAUGUAAAGAUCUACAUACACGAUGCCAGCAAGGAUAUGUUCUAUGAGCUGGAGGAUGUGCGUUCGCAUUUACGCGAAAUACGCGAUCGAUCGGUGCUGCGUUUGUUUGAAUCCACAGAGGUGGCGGCUCCACCGCAGAUUUUGCCAGGUGGACCGGGCAUACCGCAGCCCUUGCCGCAGGCCCAGGCGCCGGCAGCCAACUGGGAUCAGGAUCAGAGCUAUUUUAGUGAGCCGGAGUUUGAUUCGGAUUACAAGCACCAGCACAUACACAAGUCCAAGAUUGGCAAGCAGCCGGCGCCCUACUACGUGGGCUCAUCGCAGACCCUGCCCCGCGGCAUGUACUCCUCGGAACGCAACAAGGUGUCGAUGGACGGCUACACCAGUUCCCCAGAGCGCAGCAGCCGCGGCAACUACGAGGAGCCCUACUAUAGUCAGUAUGGAACAAGGGGCCCAGUGGUGGCGCCCAUUAUUGACGAAGAGCAGAGCGAUGGAACCCUGACGGAGGAUCAGUACGCCCUGUACGGCAUCAAGGUGGGCGGCGGUCCCAAUCGUCUAGCGCAUCGCGGCAACCAGAUCUACGAUCCCACUAGGCCCGAAGACUUGCAUCGCAUACGCGUGGAGCACAUGGAACGACAGUUGGCCAAUUUGACGGGAUUGGUGCAAAAGGCUUUGGUAAAUCAGAAUCCACAGAUUGGGCCACUGGCAGUGCCCACCUUGGAUUCCAACUAUCUCGUUGUGCCAACCCAGAUGCAAGCCAACGGCUCGGGAGACGAGCUGUACAUAAGGGAGAAAGCUCCCAAGUUGGGCAAGAACUCGUGCCAAAAAUCCGUGUCCUUUGAGAAGUCUGUAUCGUUUAGCGAUGACAUACAGGGAAUACCCAAGUCGCAUAGCCCUCUACAUGCCGCUGACACGAAGCCUACCAAGCCGGCAAUCAAGUCGUCUACCCUGCCACGCACCUCGUCCCAAGAGCGCGACCGCCUCAAGCCCCCACCACCCCCGAAACCGAUCGUGCUGGCCCAGACCGCUCAUCCCAAUUAUCGGGCUGACAUAGCGCUAGCCCCCGAAGUCUACAAUCAUCUGCGUGGUCUGCAAAAAAAAGCCAAGGAUUUGCGUAUGGAAGUGCGAACUCUGCGACGCCUCUCCCAGGCCCAGGCCGUUGCCGUGCGAGAGGAUAUCAAGGGCACAUUUAUGCGUAUCCGGGCCACGCUCUUGGCCAGCAGUGGCAGCUUUUGGAGUCAUCAGAGCGAUCAGGACACCACAAGGAUAUCGCGAGAAGAGGAGCUGUACAAACAGGAAGUCAUACGGCUGGAAAAGGAUCUCAGUGAUCUCGAGGCAUCGGUAGAAAAUCUGCGCGGUGAAGUGAUCAAUCGUCGCACACGGGUCAACAUGACGGCCGUGGAGGAUAUGGCUUUGGUGCUGAGUAGGGCCAGCAAAACCGUUGCCGAGUUAAAGCUCAAGUUCCCAGCCUUGUCGAACGGUCUGAGGUGUAUACUCUCCGACGAGAUGGAGAAGGUGGUGCGUGAAGAAAAGUUCCUCAAAGAAGAGCCCGAUCGCUUGGAAUCGGCGCUGCGACGUUGCAAGAAGCUGACUGGGACCCUGGUCACGCUAAAACGACUGGCCAGCGUCCAGGAGCAAAGGCUACCGCCCAAUGAGCCAACCAUUAGCGAGGAGCCGCCACGUUCUGCGGACAUCUCGGCGCAAGACAAGCCAAUCCCAACACCCAGGAUGGGGUCGUUCACUCUCAGCGGGGGACUCGCACCCGAAAACGCACUCGAUGCUCUGCUAGAUGAGCUCAAGACAUUCUCCAAGCCCAUUGCCCAGCAGCAACAGCAGCAACAGCAGCAGCAGCAACAACAACAAUACGAGAUACGACCCGAUGCAGCCGAUUCGGCAUCUGAUGAGAGCGCCCAGGCAGCAGUACAAAGCACCGUCACCACGCAAAUAUCACAGGCCCGUCUCUACACAGAGGCGAGCGUUAACAUGCAGCAGGCUAGCGUUAGCACCAGCACUAGUGGCAGCAGCAACAUGGUCAUCAGUAGCAGCAGCAGCAGCAACAUGCCAUCGCAGGCGCAGUUAAUGGUUCACACCAAUAUGGGCAGCCUGCGUCGCCUGCACUCUUAUCCCAGCGAAUCGGAUGGCGAGCUGUCCCAGGUCACCAAUGUAAUCACCAAUGGUGGUGGUGGUGGUACCGGCAACAGCAGCAGCAGCAGCACCAACAAACCACCCGUGCCCGAGCGAAACGCUGAAUUGAUCACCAAAGUGGGACACAAGCGCAUACCGCCACCUCCGCCGCCACGCACCAGCUCACGCAGUCCACUGGCCAGUCCAACCAGCCCCAAUCAGAAUCAGAAUCCAAGCCAGAAUCCAACACAAAAUCAGAACCAAAACCCCAAUCCGAAUCCAAAUAAUAACAGCGGUGACUCUUUUCUGGCCAGCCUGGCCAGCGAUACCUCUAGUGGUGACAACUCCAGCGGCAAUGAGUCCGGCAACGAUCAUGUCCAGCGUCAGGUGGCCCUCGAGAUGCGUCACCAGGAGCUGCUCAAAAAGCAAAAGCUGCUCCAAGAACAAUACCAAAGACUGCAGCAGAUGAGCAAAUUGCCCUCUGUGGAUUUGGCCUGUCCAUCGCAGGGACAGGGACAGGAUAUGGGUGGAAGUAAUACCCUUAGGAAGCUGGGCAGCGAGACGAAUAUCCAACAGAAGAUAGCCGCUUUGAGUUUAGCCUGCGAGGCUAGUGGAGCCGCAGCCGCGGCUGCUGCGGCGGCGGCUGCUGCGGCUGCUGCAGCUACCAAUGGUGGUAGCGGUGUGUUGGCCAGUGAUGCUACGAGCAGUGCGUUAGGUGGCGCCGGUGGUGGUGGUGGUGGUGCUGCAGGGGCGGCUGGUGCGGGGGCUGCUGCUGCGAAUCAGACAACAACAACGACCACCAAGCAAGUGUACGAGACGGAGAUACUUUAACACAACUGGAAAUUGGCGUGGAACGAGGCAAAAAUUGACAUUUAAGCUAAAACUAAAA